AGCCCCUAGCCUGCUUCCGCCCGGACUCUGCGUAAGUACCACCCGCCUUACGCAGUCUCGAAAUGGCUCCGGGUGGUGGACUAAGGCGACAGGCCUCCGCGGUUCGACCUCUCACCUGCUCGGCACAGGCCUCCGCCUCCAGCUAGUCCCGCCUCCUCCUGACACUCUGCAGGCCGCGAAUGGAGGGCCCGGGGAAAGGGCCAGGUUGUGGCAGGAGAGAGAGUGUGUUUACAUCUCACCUCACCCCGAGCUGGCUGGUUUCAGCCCCGCCUCCUCCUCUCCGCCGUUUAAAGCGGUGGGUCGCCCUCCUCCUCACUCAGAGAAGCGGCCCCACAGUUGGUGUCUCCGGCGUUGGUUUGGCUGGGUGACUUCGCGUCAGCCUGCUGUCCACUGCGAGAGGGCCUCGAACUUCAGGUGGAAGAUGUCGGAAAGUAAUUUGGCAGAAAGCAGCGACGGACGCGAGACGCUGGUGUCUGGUGCUAAAGUCGUCGCCCAGGCCCUGAAAACACAGGAUGUGAAUUACAUGUUUGGCAUCGUAGGCAUCCCGGUGACCGAAAUCGCCCUUGCUGCCCAGGAGGUGGGCAUCAGAUACAUCGGGAUGAGGAACGAGCAGGCGGCUUGUUAUGCUGCCUCUGCGGUUGGAUAUCUGACAGGCAGGCCGGGAGUUUGCCUUGUUGUUUCUGGCCCAGGUCUCAUCCAUGCUUUGGGUGGUAUGGCAAAUGCAAACAUGAACUGUUGGCCCUUGAUUGUGAUUGGUGGUUCCUCUGAAAGAAGUCAGGAAACAAUGGGGGCCUUCCAGGAGUUUCCUCAGGUUGAAGCUUGUAGAUUAUAUAGCAAGUUCUCUGCCCGGCCAAGUAGCAUAGAAGCUAUUCCCUCUAUUAUCGAAAAGGCAGUGAGAAGCAGUAUUUAUGGUCGUCCAGGUGCUUGCUAUGUUGACAUACCUGCAGAUUUUGUUAACCUCCAGGUGAAUGUCAACUCUAUAAGGUACGUGGAGUGCUGCAUGCCACCUCCUGUUAGUAUGGCAGAAAGCUCUGCUGUAUGUAUGGCAGCAUCUGUUAUUAGGAAUGCCAAACAGCCCCUUCUUAUCGUCGGGAAAGGUGCUGCUUAUGCCCGUGCAGAGGAGAGUAUCAGGAAGUUGGUGGAGCAAUGUAAAUUGCCAUUUCUGCCCACCCCCAUGGGAAAGGGUGUUAUCCCUGACAACCAUCCAAACUGUGUAGGUGCUGCCAGAUCCAGGGCUUUGCAAUUUGCUGAUGUAAUUGUGUUACUUGGUGCCAGAUUAAAUUGGAUUUUACAUUUUGGACUGCCUCCAAGAUAUCAGCCAGAUGUGAAGUUUAUCCAGGUUGAUAUCUGUGCAGAAGAGUUGGGGAAUAAUGUAAGACCUGCUGUGACCUUGCUAGGAGACAUAAAUGCUGUCACUAAACAGCUUUUAGAACAAUUUGAUAAAACACCAUGGCAGUAUCCUCCUGAGAGCAAGUGGUGGAAAAUUCUGAGAGAAAAAAUGAAGAGCAAUGAAGCUUUAUCCAAGGAAUUAGCUUUCAAAAAAUCCCUGCCUAUGAAUUAUUACACAGUAUUCUACCACAUUCAAGAACAACUGCCCAGAGACUGUUUUGUGGUGAGCGAAGGAGCAAAUACUAUGGAUAUUGGGCGCACUGUGCUUCAAAACUACCUUCCUCGUCACAGGCUUGAUGCUGGUACUUUUGGAACAAUGGGAGUCGGUUUGGGUUUUGCCAUUGCAUCUGCUCUAGUGGCUAAAGAUAGAAACCCAGGGCAGCAGGUCAUCUGUGUGGAAGGAGACAGUGCAUUUGGAUUUUCUGGCAUGGAAGUGGAAACCAUCUGCAGGUACAACUUGCCAAUCAUACUUUUGGUGGUGAAUAAUAAUGGAAUUUACCAAGGUUUUGAUACAGAUUCUUGGAAGGAAAUGUUAAAAUUUGGAGAUGCUACUACAGUGGCCCCUCCAAUGUGUCUUCUGCCACACUCACAUUACGAGCAUGUCAUGAUUGCAUUUGGAGGCAAAGGGUAUUUUGUACAAACACCAGAAGAACUCCAGAAAUCCCUGAGGCAGAGCCUGGCAGACACAACUAAACCCUCUCUUAUCAACAUCAUGAUUGAGCCGCAAGCCAUGCGGAAAGCCCAGCCAAGAUAUGGAAGCAACGUAAGUGUCCAUCAACAGAGGAAUGGAUAAAGAAGAUGUGGUAUAGAUAUACAAUGGAAUACUACUCAGUCAUAAAAAGAAGGAAAUUCCAUGAUCUGCAACAACACGGGUGGACCUAGAGGAUAUUAUGCUUAGUGAAAUAAGUCAGACAGAGAAAGAAAAACACUGUAUAUUAUCAUUUAUAUGUGGAAUCUAAAAUAAAACAAAUGAAUAUAACAGAAGAGAAACAGACUCACAGAUAUAGAGAACAAACUAUAAAUGGUUACCAUUUGUCAUCAAUUCAUGGUGUAGCUGGCUGCUUCCUGCUAUAAAUACAGGGAAGACCUAAUCUCUGCAGUUGCCUGUGUCCAGGCCACGUGGGUAGGAUGGUUUUAGUCCUGGGCAAGGCUUCCAUGCACUGCUUUUUCUCCUCAAGCUCUUCUUAGACAUGGGAGCUCGUGGUCCUCUUUGGGCCUCCUUCAUUCUCUCUCUCUAUUUUUUUUUUUUAUUAAUUUUUUUUGAGUAUAGUUGAUUUACAAUGUUGUGUUAGUUUCUACUGUACAGCAAAGUGAAUCAGUUAUACAUAUAUCCACUCUUUUUUUAGAUUCUAUUCCCAUAUAGGACAUUACAGAGUAUUGAGUAGAGUUCCCUGUGCUAUACAGUAGGUUCUUAUUAGUUAUCUAUUUUAUAUAUAAUAGUGUGUAUAUAUGUCAAUUCCAAUCUCCCAGUUUAUCCCUCUCCCCCUUUUCCCCUUUGGUAACCAUAAGUUUUUUUUUUCUUCUGUGACUCUAAUUUCUGUUUUGUAAAUUCCUCUCUUCUUUUGCAUGUACUUCUGGUUCUUUCAGACUCUAGUUUUUUUGUGCCCUGAUUAUUGUUAAUGGGGGAAGAUCCAGAAAGUGAUGUUAGGUUGUUUUGUAGGACAAGACAGCAAGAUUCAUUAAUGGAUUUUUAGCUCCUUUUUGGGAAAAGCUCUAGACCAAAGACAAACUUCACUUUACCACCACUGUGGCUAGUGUGGUUAUAAUGGGACUUUUAGAUUUUAGAGCAAGCAAAACAGGAUAUAGUUUGACACAGUUAUUUCUUUUG